CCAUGGGGAAAAGAAAGGAACCGACCCACAAGCCUGUCCCUUGUGGAGUGUGGGUUUCCAAGAAGAGGCAGAAGCAGUUGUUACUGCCGCAGCCAAAGCGUGCCAGGCUGUCAUCUGUGACUGUCAUUCCAGCACGCCAGCUAGGUGGCACUAGAGAGCUGCCCAAACGACAGGCCACCAUCAUGGAGAUCUUUGGCAGGAAAGAUGCUGACCCAGCUGCUUCUGUCUGCAGUGUGACUUCAGGUCAAGUUUGUGAUUCUAGCAAAAGUACAGCACAGGACCACCAGAAAGCACCAGAUUCCAACAGACUCGAUGCUAAAUAUAUGUCUCCAGAGUCGGCUGAACAACAAAACAUACAGAAGACUUCACAGAAGAACUUGUCAGAUGAAGAGGAAUACAGCUAUAGUUUAACAGAUAACUCACAAAAUGACCAGACUCUUUCCCCACUCAAGUACACGCUAAAUUCUCAAGGUAGCAUAACAUGGAAGACUCCAUCCAUAUUGCCAUUUAGUGAGACCAGUGAUGACAUUUUCACUCAAAAUCAGACUGAGAAUGAUUCUGAAACACCACAGUCAAAGACAAUAUGGAAACCAGGGGAUGUUACAGAGAGUUGUGAACAUGCAAAGCACCAGAAAACAAGAGUUGAAAAACUGCUGCAACAGACUGAAAAUUAUGAAGAUUUGUCCCCACCCAUGUAUACUCUGGACACACAAGGAGACCUGAAGGCCAAGUGCCCAACAGAACACAGUUGUCCUCAGACUUUAGGUCACCAAAGUCUAACUCUUCAUGAAAAGUCAAUGUUUGAUGCCAUGCCAUGUACUGAGGCAUUGUCACCUCUGCAGUACACGUUAGACACACAGGGGGAGCUGGUGUACAAUGACAACCACUGCUGUGGAGAUGCAGGGAGUUGGCAAUCAGAAGAGAGUCAUCCUUUAACGUGUGAACCUAGUGAUGAGGAAACUGAAGAUGGUUCUCAGUCUUUAGAGCCAGAGGAGUUAUCACAGCUUAGGUACACACUAGACUCUGAAGGAGAACUGAGGCGUAAAGAAAUUAGUAACAGUCAUUAUUGCACAAACAGUCCAAUCCUCAGUGAUGGAAAAGUUUUGGAUGAACAUUGUAACUCUCUCAGCUACAGUGAAAAAUUAUAUGAUUCACAGUCAUUUUGA